CAAGUAACAAAUAUCAGACCUAAACUGUCAAACAACGAAGAGUACCUCCAAGAAAUGGAUCGCGUCCUAGCUGCAGAGGCUAAAACACUUCGCCUGACAGAUUUCAAAUUAGACCAUGUAUUUGCCAAUACUGCAGCAGGUAUUGUUGAAUCCACUCUCAAUCUCAAAAGAACAAGCGAGGACGAGGCGAUAGUUGUGAAAUGGGAGUUUGAACUUCACAAAUUGAUCUUAGUGCCCGGUGCACUCGAGAAGGUUUUGUCAAAACUGAAGGAACUCAGACCAGAAAUCAUGGUAAUUGUGGAACAGGAAGCCAACCACAACAGUCCUGAUAUCUUGGACCGACUUGCCCAAUCAUUCCCAUACUACUCCAGCGUAUUUGACUCCAUAGAGAAAGAUACGACCGAAUAUGAUCUCGAAAACAAGAUAUCGUGGGAGAUGGAUUUUAGGCGGCAGAUCACUAAUGUGGUGGCGCGAGAGGACAUCCAGCAUGCUGAGAGACAUGAAACACAGGCUUGGUGGCGAGAUCAGCUGCGUCGUUCAGGAUUUCAUCCUGUUCGCCAGUGGUUCAAUCAUAUAAGGGGUUUUCUUUUCAGUGACUUGACUCAAUACACUAUAGAAGGAAAGAAUGGAUGUCCCUUCCUACGUCGAUACACUGUCCCUCUAGUUAUCACAUCAGCAUGGAAACCCGAACUUGCUCAGUCUGAUGGAGGAUCGGACAACAAGGAGAACGUGGGCAGUCCAGAAUCCAUGUUGUUAGGUCUAGAGUUCAAUGAUCUUAGCAUAAUACAAAAUGAAUGCGAGGAAGAAGGUGAUCCUACUAUCAUGAGAGAAGGAAAUGUGUGGUCUUCAGAGUGCCCCUCAAUCAAUGAGAUUGCUGCUUCAGCUGAGAUAUUUGACAUAUUGGAAUAUGUGUGUCAUGUAUAUAAGCUGCCCCUGGCACUAACAUGGAUAUCGGAUGGCAGAGAUCCUGCCAAAAAUUAUGAGGGAAAAAACGUUCUACGCGUUGAGGAUACUGCUUGCUACGUCAAUGAUUUAGGAGCAACAGAAUUUGUUGAGAUAUGUGCAGAAUUUGAUAUUGAGGAAGGGCAAGGUGUUGCUGGAAAAGCCCUUCUAUCAGAUAUUUAUUUUGUCCCCGAUGUCUCUGAACUCGAUCCAGCUGAUUAUCCAUUUGUUUAUGAAGCAUGGGAGUUUGGCCUUCAUGGUGCUGUUGCAAUCAAGCUAAGAAGCACUUGCAGGAGCAGUAUGGAUUACAUAUUAGAAUUUUUUCUCCCUUCAAAAAUGAGAGAAAUUUCAGAAAAACAACUUUUGGUGAAUAAAAUACUAUCUGCCUUGCAGAAGAGCUGUAGGAAUUCAUGGAUAGUUUGUGGAAUGGAUUUAAAUGUGGCUGAUGUUGUUUCUGAAGUUACCGCUGCUGAGAUGUCUGAUAUCACACUGAUGCCUAAUUCUGGCAACUCUCCAUCAGCUUCAAAUGCUGAUGGUUCAAAUCCAAAUAAUAUCUUGGGAUGGAAUAUGCUUAGCCCAGUGGGUGACUUAGUGGAAAUAUGUGAGACUGAUGAAAAGGAAACUGGAGAAUCGAAAGCCAUACUGGGACCUGCUUCAAAUGCUGACAAGGAGAUGGUCAGCUUAUCUAUAAAUAAAUAAUGGAAACAAAUCUGAGGUGUAGGAGUUCUUCAAUGCUGAAAAGCUCUGGAUUAUUAAGGUGUUCUCAAGGCUGCAGCGCAGCACUAGACUGCACCUACAAAACAAGUCAUGAACUCAAGAAACAUCAGCGUUUUAUCUUCUUCUUUAUUUCCUCCCCUUUUCUUCUUUCUUCUCAUCUGGUAUUUCUUGUUUCAUGAAGAUAAAGUUCAUUGCAGCGCCACAAGAAAGAUGAAGUUCGUCUUGAACUCACCAAUCCAAACAAACACCCAGUCAUGAACUAGACUGUUUUUUAUCUUUGCUAUCUAUUUAUAACUUUGUUCUGUCAUGAAAAAAUAAAUGGGAUCAAUAGAUUUUAACUU